CCACGACCGUCGACCACGAGCAAUCGACUGCGCGUCGCGAUUAGCGGUCAGCAUGCAAAAUUGUGGCAGCUGAAACACGUGAUUCCUGGACCCAAGUUGCAAGUGCGUCGCAAGGCCGACUACCCACGUGCAACGUGAAACGGCCGUUGCUGCGCUAACAUUUGGUCACUUCAGCAUACCACGAGCGGUAUAAAGGGGCAACUGCUUAAUUCUUGCUGGUAAGGAUGUCGACCUCAGGCGCCGAUGUUUACAGCCAACCGGCCAAUACUGGCGCUGGUCGGUUGGAGAACACGCAAUUGGCAAGCGCCGUCGAUGCACUCAAGCGCGAGACCAAUCCAGUUCGAUUGGAAGACUUUGCGCUCGGCCUCGGCUCAGGCUUCGAGUCGUUGCUUGACCGCAACUCGUCCCUCUACUCGCGCUUCGCCAAUCACGAACGCGUCGUCCUCAACUCGAUCAACGGCACGCUGACCUAUCGCCCAGACUAUGAACUGCGCUCCAAGGGUGACUUGAUGCAGCUCAUCCGCGAUCGCUACGAUGCUGUGUACCCAUCCAAGAAGGAUGUACCCUACGGGACAAGGCGCUUGCCGCUGAAGCCGGUCAUCAAGAUGACUGACCUGCGAGAAUCAUGGCCUGAUGUUAAAGUUGCGAUUGAACAAUUGACCAAGAAUGUGCCAAGGGAAGAAAGGGAGGUCCUCGUCUGGAAGCAGAGCAGAGAUGGUCUCAUCAAGGGCGUUUCCUGGAAUCCCAUCAGAGGGGAAGAGGUGAAAGAUGUAGAUCAAGAGUUCCGAGACCUGUGGCAUUCCUUCAACUCGCCAGAUGCAGUCGAUCUCUCCAAGCAGCUUGAGGCUGACGGCAUGCGCGUCACUGCCAUCCUGCCUUCCGCAUCGUCUGGGAUGACUGACAGCACAGUUAGCAGCAACAACGCUCCCAUCUCAGCGUUUGGGACGAAAGGUAUGCUGCACGGUGACAAGACUGCUGCGACGGGACGAGGUGGAUCGGGCCGCGGUCGGGGGAGAGGACGGGGCGGCAGGGGAUCCGCUAGCAGCACUAGCAGCAGUCGGAAACCGAAGAUCCAGAAUACCCAUCUGAAAGACGUCGACCUGAGCAAGGAUUACAUUUGAAUCCAGGCUCCAUCGUCAGAAUAACCCCCUUGUAGCAUACUUCCACGAUCUUGUAGUUAUGUACCCCCUCACAACAAACCUUGAACAAAA